CAUUUUAUUUUAUUGAAAAUGUGUUUUGCCUGCAAAACCCAAUUAAUUUAUGCAUUCAUUAAGCUCGAAUUUGCAACCACUGUCCCGGUACCACAUCAGGUGCCACUUUUAUUGGAUGGAUUGGAUGAAAAUUCUUAGAACGCUACCGCCCUAUGAUGGUGAGAUGCAGCGAAUUAAAAGCAAAUGCACAUGUGCUUAAUGUAAUGCAAUAUUCAUUGGUUCAAUACAAUCGUUAAGAGCGCUUCUUUAUCGUGUAUGCUGAUGAUAGAGAUUCAUGUCAGAUGCCCUUAUUCAACCACUAUGUUCUUAAUAUUGAAAAAUAUUCUGACCAUAACGACCACACCAUCAUACGGUACAGCGUAGAUAACACGGAAGGUAUGCUAUUUCCAGUCCGUUCUCAUCAAUAAACUAUCCACUGCAAGUAAUCGGUAAACUAAACAAUAAUACACCAUACAUAUUUAUGAACCGUGCAUACCGUGCGCUGCUAGACAAAUAACUUAACUACAUCAGGGAUUUGAGCCUCAACCGGUACGAUACCGAUCGGUCGAAAACCUUACUCUAAACUCUCCGACAUCUCCAACGGUCACGCGUACCAACCAACAGUACGGUCGUAAAAGGGGAGCAACAGAUAGAUUUACGAUUCCCCACGUGUUUCUCCCUGCCAACUGUCUGUCGACAACGAUUUGGCAAUGAAAAUCCCAUUCGAAGACGAAACGAGCAAUGGGAUAAAUAUGAAACCCUUGCAUGAACUGGGCGACAACUAGGAAAGGUUCUUUUCUUCUGCUUCUCACGAAUCGAAAAUAAAACGCAUCGGACGCCGCAAUUCCCCAUACACAUUAAGUGUAGCGCUUUGAAAAACUGGACAACACAUUCAGUACGAAGCUGUUCCAGUGAGCGGUACAGUUUCCCGCGAAUUGAAGCGUUUCAAAGUACGCGCUGUUUGGCGAAUGUUUGGCAAAACAUAAAAGUGUAAUACUAGGCUAUUCCUGCGGUAACUGGAAGCAUGCGGUGGUUAGCUUUGGUGUCAUUCUUUGCGAUUGUAUGCCAUUUCGGUGUGACAGCACUAAACCAUUCGCCCUACGACUAUUGCGACAAAAAUUAUUGUCCCACGGGAAAACGCAAUAUUGGCUGUGGAUGCAGAUUCAACGAAUCGUACGGGCCCGGCUGCAGUGGCAAAAGUGCCACGCUGCACAAGUUCUCCAAGAAGGAUGCACAGUUUAUACUGCACAUACACAACCAUCUGCGACAUUUGUUUGCUUGCGGCUUUAUAAACUUCUUUGUCCCGGCCGUUCGAAUGGUUCAGUUGCGUAUGGAUAAAGAUUUGCAAACAUUGGCAGAGUGUAAUGUAAAAAAUUGCACCUACGGACACGACCAAUGCCGUAGCACGGAACACUAUCACUACGCCGGUCAAAAUAUCGCCAAACGCACGGUCUGCGGACGGACGCUUUCGGUUACCGAGGUAGUCAACAGUUCGAUGUACGCUUGGUUCAACGAGUACUGGGACACAAAGAGCGACAUGUUGGCCAAAUAUCCUAAUUACACCCUCAGCAAACCAAUCGGCCACUUCACGCUGCUGGUAAACGAUAACGUUUAUUUCGUCGGUUGUGCGAUGAUUUCCUACGGCGUUCGUUUGAAGGACUACUAUACCGAAACUGGUGAGGAAUGCCGAGCGUAUUACUUCGUCUGCAAUUACUCCUUUAUCAAUCUGAAGAACCGAGCGACAUAUACCGCGGGGAAAAAGGCAGCAGCCAUGUGCCAGUCACACCACAGCAAACAGUACCCUUGUUUGUGCAGCGUUCAUGAACCAUACUCGACGGUCAUCGAUUGGAAGGAUGAUGUUAUCUGAUUCUUAGAAAUUGAUAACAGUUUUCCUUGUUAUAAUUGUUUGUUAAAAACCCACGCUUUCUAUAGCCUUUAUUUCCAAUUUCAAGCUGAUACUGUAGCUGCUAGUGUAACGAAAGUACUACGCGCACACCACUAUUUGGUGAAAUAUUGGUAUUGAUAUAUGUAUUGGCAUUAAAUCCUUUCCAAACCACUUUGCCGAAUACAGAAUUUUCUAUACAACCCUAGAAAUGACAUGCUGAUAAGGUUUAUCGGUGGUUGUAAUACCAUAGAGGCAGAUGAAUACCAAAACAAAUUAGAAGAACAAGAUCUACUUCAUUCCAUAGCAUGAAUUUAAAAGCACAUAAAACCCUUCUUCCAAAUUUAAAUUCAAGAUUAAGCAAAACACCUAAAUCUGCUUCUCGAAACCAACUUGAAAUGCGUAAAUUAUUGCAGUGAUGAAGCUCAUAGCAAGAACUAUAAUUAUAGAAAUGUAUAACAUAAAUGCUAAUGUUAUACAAAAAUUUUAGUAAGUGAAAUACUAUAUAUCUGAACGAAAUCACACACAGCUCUAAUUCCCAAGUAAUCAAACCUUGUUAUUUUGCUUGUUUCUUGAACCAUUAAUCAACCAUCAACAGCAUAAUUCUAAAGGUAUAAAUUCCCUAAUCGUACCUUCGAUUUCAAUGUGGUCCGUACAUUAAUCAAAGCUUUUGGCCGUUCAUAAAGGCUUCGACAACAUGAAUCACUACAAUGCUCGCUUGCUUAUGAAAUUAAUUUGAGCAUUUCAUAUUCCUAAGGUUUCGGCGCUCAGGGAGAAAUCAAACCGGGAAUCAAUAAUAAAUCACCGGCAUUUACACUGCAGGUGCAAUCGGUGACCUGUGGCCCCAACUACACACUGAAAAGUUUUGGGAAGUUCAAGAAUAUUUCCAUCCAA